CCAGGCCCCACCGCAUCACCUGCGGCCGGGGGCGGGGUGUGGGAUUCGCUAGGUAUGGGCGGCGGUGCACGAGUGAGGGGCACUUACAGGCAGCAGGCGGUGACCUCGUAUUACAACAACCCGCUGGAGCACGCAUGGCACCUGCAGAUCAUACGAUUCAUUGUCGGAAGCGGCAUGCCGUUCAACUGUGUGAAGCUUGAGAGCUUCAAACGCAUGUUGACGUUGAUCAUCCCGCCUGGGGUUCCAGGAGUCCCCACCCCAAAACCCCCAACGUAUCACAUGAUCCGUACCACACUUUUGGAUGAGCUUGAUGUGGAAGUCSAAAAGUGUGUGAAACCUGUCCUCGCUACUACAGCUACCUACGGUUGCACGAUAAUGACAGACGGUUGGACCAACAUUCGGGGCCAAACGUUGUGCAACUAUCUCGGCGGCACUACACGGGGCGCCACAUACGUCGCGACAGAUGUUAUGCGAGGAAAGAAGGAUGCCAUUGCUCUGGCGCAGGCUUGGCUGCGAAGGUUGAAGUCCCUUGACAUCAAGCUCGCCGACAUCACCGCUUUCAUCACAGACUCUGCCAGUUCGAACGUUUCUGCGAUGGAGGUGUUCCAGAAGGAUGAGAGUGUCAARCACAUCUUCUGGAUUCCUUGUGUGGCACACGUCAUGGACCUCAUCCUUGAGGACAUCGGCAGCAUUGACUGGGUGGCGACCCGCAUUGCUCAGGCGCAUUUGGUCACAAAGUUUUUCAAGCGUCAUAGCCACGCUCGCGAAGUUUUGCAAGCUUUCACGACAAAGGCUCUGCUGCUUCCCGCCGAGACUCACUUCGGUACGCAUAUGGUGGACAGCGACACGAGGCAGAUUGGCAAGAUUCUGCGUUGGUACGACGAGGUGAUCGCGCGUUGUUUGUCUGCAUGUGCCGCUUUGGAAAAGGACGAGAAGGACGCGCUGCUUGAAGUGUUUGACAGACGCCGCACCAUGUUCAAGUCGCCUGCUCAUGUUGCUGCCAUGAUGUUGGACCCCGAGUUUCGAGACCGCACGAUGCCAGAUGACGAGGAGAUGCAGCACGUGGACGAGCUAGUACGCAAGCCUCGACAACGAUGGGAUGAGGGAGACUUUUUGUACGAGAGCUCGUCCAGCGAUGACGAGGAUUUUUUCGGGACUAGCAGGCCUGCACAGGAUGGCGACAGCGAUUUCGACGACCGUCACCCGAACGUGGGCGACGACGAUGGCGCCAGUGGCGAUGAUCACGGUGACGGAGGAGAUAGGCCACGACCUGCACAUGGUGACACGAUGCGUGCCGACGGGGCAGGGGGCAAGCACCGCACAGCAGUAGAUCACGCUCGAGAUGGAGUGCAUGAUGAUGGUUCACGACCUGUCUCGGGCGGUAACCUAAGGCGCUUGAAACGUGGACCAAGGGAAAAAGACACUAUCGCUUCACGUGUGCGCAAACGUCAUGGUGUGGUUGCUAGCAUUCCACUAUCACGAGUCCCCGCAACUGGGCAGAUUCCAGUUUCUGAGGACUCUUUCAGCGAUCACGGCGGCGAGGAGCGGAUCGAGCUGCAURGCGGGAGCGGUCAUCCACGAGGUGACACUUCGAGUAUGCACGCGACAGCUCCGAUGGGGCCUUCCGCAGCAGUCCCAGAAUCGCAACAGGGUCCAGCACCGUUGAUGCGUCAUCCCGAGGUUCAGGGAGAGAUCAGUCCUCUCCCGGCAGUGCGGGACGAGGGUUCUGUCGGUGCACUGCUUCCACUCACGUCUGCCGGAGCGACAGUCUCAGUUGCAGCGACCUCGGAUGUGGGACAACCACUGGCAGCGGYGGAGCAAGAAAGUAUGCUCCCACCUCGCAGUGUUCAACCGCAGCCACCGCCUGCAUUGAUGGAGGGGAGUCAGGGGACCGUUGUUGUGUGUCAAGGCGACGAUCUCCCGGAACGUGAUAUCUCACACACUCCCGCUGCCGAGYAGAGCGYCGCAGACCAUGUCGGCCUCGCAUGCCCCACCGRCAGUCUUCCGGGUACCGGCGAGUUACUGACCAUGGACUCUGCGCUCGUUUCUCUACCGGACUUGUCGACGUUGAUAUCCCCAGGUCUACCCCAUGUGUCACCGCCCAAGCCACAACAGCCUGUUGUCAUCGAACGUGGAUCGGACGGGUUUGACGUGGCAGGAGGCGAUAUCGCCGAUAUGAUUACGAGCCCAAUGGUGUCUGCCACGCCCACAAUUUUUCGUGUUGGCAAACUACGYGAGGUGGCCCUUGGUUUGGCAGAGACGGCGACGCGACACCGCCACGACGGUCAGCGUAGCAUCGCACAACGCAGUCUUUCUCAUUCGUUUGACGGCGCAGAGGAAGGGUCUCCUGGUGGGCCAGUUGACACACUCGAUAGAGAAGCAAGACCCCCAAGUCCGCCGUCAAACUUAGAGCAUCAUCCGAUUGCCGCGGAUGUCGGCGCAGAUGCGGGCGUCCCUGUCACAAACAGUGCCGCAGACGCGACAUAACAGCUUGUGGUUGGGUCAUCGKCGACAGCACGGCGCGA